AGUGCAGUUAGUCUUGUUAAGCUCUCCCAUGUACAAUGUGCCGACUGGGUGUGCUUCUUACGGGUCUGUUCUUGAUUGCUCGGCCGGCCCUUGGCCUUACCACCACCUACCGUAAUGUCACCGAGUUCCUUGGGCACCGCCAGAAACGUUAUCUGAUCUAUCAGAACAGCGGAUCGAUGAAGUUUAGCAUCGGACCAUCCCUGCCAAUACCCUUGGAGGAUCAUGUCACGUUUCGCUCCUGUGUACUGUCCUUCACGCUCCAGGGAGGAACCUAUUCGCUCCCCACCUCUCCCAUCUGGCCCUGGGACAAGUGGGAGGGAACUUUCGCCCGAUCCCUGACACAGAUGAGGCGAAACAUCGAGAGGCUGGCCGCCAGUGGAGACAUACGGUAUGCAGACGAUGCCAGACUGCUGGUCUAUACCGCUCUGGAGGAUUACAUGAGCAGACGGAAUGAGGACGUGGUCGUGGGGAGACAAUGCCUGCUUCGCUCCAUAUGCGAAAAUGCUCAAAUCCACCACCACAUUGGGGUGUUCUCUGAAAUCUUGAACAUUGUCCUGAGUCCUGGCAAGGCGGAUCUGGAUAAAUCGUACCACGAUGCCUAUAGCGCCGGCAAGGCAGGCGCCGAUUGCCUCGCUCUCUAUAGUUCCUGCCCACGCGGCGCCAACUUUCUGGACAAUCUACUGAUUGUGGAGCAUGAUUGAUUUACUGCUGGCGCUUCUCGUGAUCUCUCUCGCAGUGGGUGC